GCGAGAUCUGUUCACAAGUGCCCACAAGGACUGCCCCAUGCCCCAGGGCACGGAUCCCCUGAACCCAGACUUGCCCUCCAGCUGCCCACCCACCACUGCGCCAGACCGCGUCACUGGCAAGGACAAACAGAUGGAUUUCUGUUGGGAUCCUUGGCAGAGGUGCUUUCAGACCACCAAUGGCUACGUGUCCGACUCCGGAUCCUACUCCAGCAACUACAACGUGGCGGCCCUGGCCACCUCGUCCCUCGUGGGGGUGGUGCAGAGCAUCAAGGACCACAUCACGAAGCCCACGGCCAUGGCUCGUGGCCGUGUGGCCCACCUCAUCGAGUGGAAGGGCUGGAGUGCCCAGCGGUCCGGCUGGGAGCUGUCCCCAGCCGAGGACGAGCAGUACUGCUGCCUCCCGGACGAGUUGCGCGAGGCCCGUUUUGCUGCAGGUGUCGCCGAGCAGUUUGCCAUCACAGAGGCCACACUGAGUGCCUGGUCCUCACUGGACGACGAGCAGCUGCACCCUGAGAACAGCCCCCAGGACGUCGUCCAGCUACAGGACUUGGAGAGCGUCUAUCUUCAGGACAGUGUUCUGAGCGGUCCCUCACAGGAUGACAGUCUUCUGGCCUUCUCCUCCCCUGGCCUCUCCCCCGACGACUGGCCCUCACCUGAGGAGCCCUCCAUCACAGCUGCCACCCCACAGCCCCCCAGCCCCGAGCAGCAGCAUCGACGGCGGCUGCCGGGGGGCCCGGAGCCCGAGGUGGGGGCCCACCUGCAGGGCUCCCUGCCCUCGGUGGACAGCGGCUCCCUCUCAGAGGAGGAGGAUGACGUGUUCUAUAACUGAGGCCGGGGCUCUGCCACCCGGAGCCCACUCUCACCGUGACCUUGCCUGCAGGGCAGCCCAGGCUUAUCAGGAUGCCGGGGUCCAGGCUGGGCAUCUCUUGACCCGUGAGGGCAGGCACAGGGUGGCUGCAGCGUGGAUGGGGGGCCAGCAGUCCCUGUGGACCACUCUGUGCCUCCGUGGACCUGCCCCCAGCAGUGGGAGCCAUAAUCUCCCCCUCCCUUCUUUACUUGGCUCAGGUGGGCACCUUCCCUGCAGGGUUUCUGCCAUCAGCGAGUUCAAGGACUCUCAGCAGACACCAGGGCAAGCCAGCCAGAGGAGCUGACAGCCAGGACCCCAGACAGACAGCCAGGGAAGGGCUUGGGAGACCCAGGUGGAGUGGGGCCUGGGGACCCUGCCUUGACUCGGGGCUCAGUCCCUUCCCAUCUCCCUCUGUGCUCCUGCCCCCAUCAGCGGUGGGGU